AUGGAAGAGCCGCCCGCGCCAAUUGAAAAACGCGUGCCGUCCGAGAAGAUCCCGGUCAUCGAAAUGGACUCAAAGUCGGCCAUCGUCCACGUCCUCUGCGUCACCAUUGCACUAAUCGAGGUGGCGUUUUGCGUAGCCGCUCUGGCCGAUGGCCGCUCUGUCAUUGUGCUCAAGGACGAGCCACCAACGGUCGUCGACACUGCAGUCCUGCCCGAUACUGCGGACUUCAUCGUCGGGCCCGACGCGGACGGUAAUACGGUGACUACGGGCACACGCGGGGAGGACUAUCAGACGCUAGCGCAGCUCCUCGGGCCCCGCUACGGCAUCGGACUGCUCAAGGACUCUUCGGGCCGGGCGUGGUGGGAGACGGGCGACGUGCCUGGCCUGAGCGCCAGCAUGACGCUCAUGGACCUUAUCAACGAGCUGGGAGUCGGGCCUGUGGCUGAGGCGCUGCCUCUCGUGGUGAAGGGCGACAUCCUCAAGCACCCGAUCCAGUUUCUGUCAUGCACCGAGCUGCGCGACACGGGCAUGGCCGCCAUGUCACUCGGCAUCAUCGCCGUCAUCGCCGCCGGGCUGAUGGUCAUCUUCCACGCCGCUGCCCUCUCCGGCCUCGUCAAGCCCAAGGUGGCAAAGGUGGUACCCCUGCUCGUGUGGGUGGUGCUCUCGGUGGGCUUCUUCAUCGUCGUCGUCCUCGCCGCCGUCAUCUACACCAAGGAGUGGACCUGCCACAACCCCGUCAUCCCUAAACUGAAGCCCGAGGACCACUUCGACCUGACGUACGGGCUUCCUUUUGCGUGCGUUGGCUUUGUCGCCUCGGUGGUUGCCGUUGUGGCCGUCGCGCUCGGCGUCUCCAGCGAGGGAGAUCUCGUGAGCGGUGGCCGUGUGUCCCUCAAGGUCACGAACCCCGCCACGGGCGAAGCUGUGUAA